GUAUCGCAGACAGCAGCCUGCCGGGCCAGCUUUCCUGGGAUGCCAAACCCAGGCAGUGUUCUUGGAGAAGGGGCCCUUUACCCUGGUGGGAAUUGUCCUUGUCUCUUACGUGCUUGCUUCUUUUUUUGGAAGGCAGGAGAUAUCAUUCGGCUGUCGAUUCGGACACCCGCAAAGGCAAGAACAACCCACUGCAGCAGUACGUCCUGGACCACUCCUUACGGGAACAUCCUUCUCUGAAGAAGCUGAGAUUGCUGACGUCAGACCUUCCCCAGAAAGGGAUGUUGGUGUGUUCUGAUCAGGCCCAACUUAUGGCAAACCUGGCCCGACUGAUCAAAGCAAAGCGAGUGCUUGAAAUCGGUGUCUUUACCGGGUACAACACCUUAAGCAUGGCCCUGGUCUUGCCGGAAGACGGCCGAGUCGUCGCUUGUGAUAUCAAUGAAGAUUUUGCCCGUGUUGGGAAACCAGUGUGGAAAGAGGCAGGAGUGGAGCAUAAAAUUGACCUGAGGAUAAAACCAGCCACCCAAACGCUAGAUGAGCUUAUAGCCAGUGGUGAAGCCGGGACCUUCGACUUUGCCUUCAUAGACGCCGACAAGGAAAGUUACAACGAUUACUACGAAAAAUGUCUACGGCUCAUAAGGAAAGGGGGAAUAAUAGCGAUUGAUAACGUGCUGUGGCAUGGAAGGGUGCUGAACCCCAGAAAAGACGAUUUGGAAACGCAGAGCAUCCACCACUUGAACGAAAAGAUCUUCCGCGACCCACGUGUGAACAUCAGCAUGAUGCCCUUGGGGGACGGGGUGACCUUCGCAUUUAAGCUCUAAAAGCGGGAGACGGGAGCCCGGAAGGAGGAGAUGUGAAAUGUAUAUUUUGACUUUCUCCCAGUAAAAUAGCCAAAGCUGGGAGUCCAGCUAUAACCAGAGGCUGAGCCAACCCACGUGGAUUGCUUGUGGGGUGGAGAACGGUAUCUUGCAUGUCCUUAACACAAAAUAUAGUUUGUCAUUCCCAUAGAAAAUCGGUCAGCAAGCUGCACAAUGUGUUUUGUCAGGCCUCUUGCAUUGUUUUCUACAUGGGCAGCUUCAAGUCCCGUCUCUUUAACUAGCAGCCCAGUUGACUGGAGGGGCCAGGAAAGCGCGUGUGUCUCUCACUCACUCUUACUCCAGCUCACGAGCACCGAGAGAGAAAGGUGCAAGGCAGGGGGGUCCCCAACAUCUUUGAGCCUGUGGGCACCUGUGGAACCCUGACACACAGAGCUGCAGGAGGCAGAACCACACACACGUGCGCCCGGAGAAAGUC